AAGUCGGGCCUAAUUGGACAUACCUUCAAUAAAGCUCUUAAGAAGAUGAUACCAGUCUUCAUUGCUACCACCCUCCCAACCCGUUAUCCCGAUGUUAUUCUCGUACGCCCAGUUGACGUCAUUGCCGAGCAGGUGAAGGUAAGGGCUUUAGCCAUGGUAAAGGAUCGCGUUGAGAAUGGCAAAGUGUUCAACGAUAAUGACCUCAUGCGGAUGGAGAGAGUUGUCAUAACGAUUUCGAGCAGUCAUAUGCCUCACGCGAGCCCUAGCGAUCCCAACAUUCACUAUUCUGUCCAGGGUGAGGAUGAAAAAGGUGUCAAGGUCAAAAGUGGCCAUAUCUCUAUUGAUCCCACCAAGCAAACCGUAUCACUCCAUCACCUGACCUAG